AUCCAAGCGGUCGAGUCGAAGUUAUGGGAAUGAAUGCACGGCCUUGCUGCCCCAAACAAUUCACGCCCGUCGAGUUGGAACGUCCGACGCGUACUUGGUUCUUCUCUUCGUCUUUGUGGAUUUUGGCUGUUUCCCGCCCAGAAAAAAUUAAGAAUAGAAUCACCAAGUUUUCCGUAGCUCGCGCCAAACCACCAAUUGAAACAAAACACACACAAAAGAAAUAGCAACAGAAAAUGCCGAGUAAAACAAACAGAAUUACAAUAGUGCUAAUAUAUUUGAAUAAAAUAUAUUGAGUCCCAAACCGUAUCGAAUCGGAAAUCGGUCUUGGAGAAUAUUCCAAUUCCAAUACGUGAAAAAGCCGCGCAAAAACUUUCAGUUUCGUUUUCCUCUUUCAUUGCUGCCGGAGCCGGCAAUAGACGGGUCCGAGCGCCAAACGAGACCGGCACGAGCAGAACGAAAAGGAAGGAGGAGAAUAACGGAAAAGUCCAAGAAGGCGCUUAAGUACCGUUUGUUCAGUAAUUUCGUGAUUUUUUGUGAAUUGUCGCCAGACGGUAGUGCAGAAACGCCGAAACCAGAACAAAUCACAAAGCAACUACAAAUACAUAUGAUAAAGCGUGAAUUUUCCAGUGAAACACAAUUUAACAAACAAAUAUUCAAAUCAAAACACCGGGAACGAGGACAAUUCUCGAAAACCCCCUGAACGGCAAAGCGCGCGUAAUACAAGGAGGAGCAAAUUUUUUUUGGUGUCCCUUUUUGUUGGGUUGGUGUUUUCUCCCUGACGAUCACAAGAAAAGAAAGUAGAUUGAGAGAGGAGUUAAAGAAAAGCUGCAGAAAUUCUAACAAAGUGGAUUACAAUUAAUUUUUGACGAACUGGCUAUAUCCACGUAGAUAUUCCAGAAAUAACGGAUUCCACUUGGAAAACAAAGCCCUAAGCCAAAUUCGCAAAGAUGGCGCUCCCGUUUUUCGACUUCCCCGAAGGCUGUCUGUCGCAAAUUCACAUGGACGAGGAGUUGUUUACUGGCCCAUUCAAUAUCGAUGAUAUGUUCGGUGGCGAUGCCCCGAGCAUACAGAGCGACCUGGCCAAGAUCGAGUCGCGCGAAGGCCUCGACUACUUUGACGAUAUGGAGGACAUGAAACCGGAGAUCCGCAACGGGGACUGCAUGUGGUCCGCCUCCUCCAGUUGCCACAGUAACGGCAGCGCCGGCUACAACAACAGCGCCGCCUCCAGCUACAGCGAUGGCAUCGCCAUACCCCUGUCCAUUGUAACAGGCGGGGCCAAUCCCUACCAAUGCCAACAGGAGGAGCAGCAACAGCAGCAGCAACAGCAGCAGCAGCAGCAACAGAAGAGGCAGAAACAAAAUAGCGGCACCAAGCCUGGAGCAGAGGAUCUUCCCGUGAUUAUCAAACAGGAGCCGCUGGACGACUACCUGCCAUCCGUGGAGAAGCGUGCUCGCCUCUGCGUUAGCGGAAAGGCACAGACACAGUCGGAGAGCACAGCCUACAUCGCCGCCGAUCAGCUGAUCCCGCCCGGCGGAAGCCUACUCCGCAAGCGCAACGUCAUACUUCAGGGUAACCAGCGGUGUAAGAUGGGCCCGACGGUGGCCGAGACCAAGCCUGCGCCCCAAUACCGGCGCCCCGACACGCCCCCACACAGCAUUCCCGAUGAGAGUGCGCCGGAAACGGCACCCAUGUUCCGCCACAAUGUCGAUCUGCGAGCCUGCGUCAUGGGCAGCAACAACAUCUGCCUGACCAGCGACGGCGAUGUCAACUGCAUUAACCAGAUCAGUCGGGAGCUGCAGAACGCCAACAAGACGCUGUUCUCGUUAUUCCCGGUGCCGGAAAUCAACGACGUUAUGGACGUACUCAGCCAGGAAUCGCAGCAGCAGUCACAGCAAUCGCUGCAGUCGCUGUCGAUACAGCAGGCGUUGGAGGUGGCCGCCAAUGCGACAACCGUCAAGGUGUCGCCCCCCAACAGCAGCUCUGACUACGACUCUGAUGACGAGACCUAUCGCGAAAUACACAAGAGCACGAUGCUCAUGCGGCACAUCAGCGAUCACAGUUAUACGCGUUGCAACGAGCUGGACGACAGACACGCCCCGGAGACGCCAUCAGAUUCGGAUGAGGAAAUCGAUGUGGUCUCAUUCCCAGACAAGAAACAACUGCAAAACACCGUCGGUGACCUGGACCUGCUGGAAAAGGUGGCCCACCAAAUCUCGCAUGGCAUUAACCAAAAGAAACCGCGCUACGGUACCUACAUGCCGUAUACGCCGGCGAGCAGUAGUCCGGUCAAGUCGGUGGCCAAUUCCCGCUACCCAUCGCCCUCGAGCACGCCCUACCAGGCCUCCUCGCAAUCGUACUCGCCCCUCACCGUCGACUCGUCGAAUGCCAGCAGCAGCAGUAGCAGCAGCAGCAGCUCCGGCUACGGCUGCGGCGGCGCCACCAAGGGACACAAGCGCUACUACCUCAAGUUCAGCAGCAACGGUACCGCAACCGCCGGCAGCAGCGCGGGCACCAACGGAAUGUCCGUGCAUAAGAUGGCCAGCAAUGGCAGCAGCAGCAACAACAACAACAGCAGCAACAGCAGCAGCAGCAACAACAGCAACAGCAGUAGUCGAAUCAUCAGCAAAAAGUGCCGCAGCAAAAAGUCCAGCCCAUCGUCGUGCUCCUCCUCGGAGCUGGGAUCGCCGGUGAGCAGCACCGAGGCGGAUGCCUCCAACAACUGGAUGAACGAGACGAACAGCACCAUGAACAGGAUACCCAAGCAUAAUUCUGUCGCUAACAUGGCCCCACUCGCACGCAGCAGUCAGCGGUUCAGCGUGGACGAGGCCGACACCAUCGAGAAGCGCAACCAGCACAACGACAUGGAGCGCCAGCGACGCAUUGGCCUGAAGAACCUGUUCGAGGCCCUCAAGAAGCAGAUACCCACCAUUCGGGACAAGGAGCGCGCCCCCAAGGUGAACAUACUGCGCGAGGCGGCCAAGCUGUGCGAACAGCUGACCCACGAGGAGCACGACCUGGCCAUGGAGUACCAGAGGCUCAGGGAGAAGAACCGCAAGCGCCAGGAGCUGCUGGUGCGCCUGCGCGCCGCCUCCACAGUCCAUACAGUGACUGACGAGAGCCGUAAGUGGGUUGGUCAGAGACCCAAAUAGACCCAGUAACGAGUCUUGUUUGAGAGCAAGUAGAUGGGGGAUGAUGCGGCGGCGUAUUUGUAGGGCAUCAGACCGAACGAUAUAACGAAUAUGAUCUAUGAUAUACUAGCGUAAGGUCUUUAUACGUUCGAUACGGUUUACUAUACAUACUAUACCUAUAUAUCUUCUUAUUUUUUUUUUUUUGCUCUUGACCUUAAGCAUAUUUUGAAACUUCAAUAUCAGUUGGUAGGAUACGAUCUAAGGACUAUAGUAGGACUAGUGGCCAUUGUAUAUAUUUGGGGCCUUGCUUUUUCACUUUCAGACCCGACAUCGGAGUGAUUUAUCAAAUUUGAUUUAUUUAAUGUGAUAUAUAUAAUUUUCUGAACCCAAUUAGAUUUUUUUUGGUGUCUUGAGGAGAUCGAAUCAAGGAAGAGGUCAGGUCAGAUAAAGGAGGAGGAGGGGGAGGAAAAUUAACGAAAACUGUUUUAUUGAAUCAAGUUGAAGUUUCAUAUAGGUACACAUAAAUAUAGGCUAUAGGCUAUAGGCUAUACGCUAUAGGCUAGGAUUAGGAUUAUAGCCCAGGGUUAAGAGCCUGUACUCUAUAGGUUAGGUUAUUACACUUAUUAUUAUUAUUAUUAUAAUUUUUUUUGAAUUAGCUACUUAACUUUACAUGAAGUAAAACAGAACCGGAAACGGAACUGGUACCGGUACCGGUAGAGAACCAGGACAAUGAACCAAUCAAUGAAAUGAAAACAAAAAGGAAACGAAAACGAAACGGGAAAGGGAAACAAAACGGGAGAACGGAAAACAGACAAAAGUUACAACGAAAGAGCCACAAAGAAAAAGAGAAGGAGGAGACCAAGAAAAGUGCGUGAAGAAAUGAGGAGUGGAAAGAGGACGGGGACGAGGAAGAGGAAGAGGAAGGUACGAGCGGCUGGAUAUGGGCGAUAUAGCUGAAAGUAGAACUUUGCUUGCCUCAGAAAGGAUAAUCCCAGCCCAUAUCCUCGCUCUACACACACACAGACACACAUACAAGGGGAAACUUGAUUCAAAUUUCUUGUUCGAUAGUCGAUAGUCGAUAGUCGACAGAGUUACUAUACCAGACUAUACGGUACACGGUUUAGGGAUCUAUCCUAUGCCUCUGCACACGCAUAUGCAUAUGUAUCUAUAUUUAUACGAUAUAAGGAAGACGCAUCCCUUGAGAAGAGAAGAACACAACUACCUAUACGGAAACACUUGAAUGCUUUUGCUUAGAAACAAAAAAAAACACCUACCCAGAACCAGAACCAGAACCAGACCGGAGGAAACGCUUUUUAUACACAAACACAAACACAAACAACAUACACCCAAGAAAUACUUGAACGCUACUGCCUAUAGAAAGAAAAUACAUUUUAUUUGCUAUGAAGAUUCGCAUACAUAUAUAUAUAUAUAUAUAUAUACAACCGGAAAACUUUUACAACUAUUAUACAUACAUAUACAGAACUUUGAUUCUUGUUGUUGUAUUUAUAAUUAUUAUUAUAUUUUUUUUUUGCUAUAUGUAGAAUAUUCUUUUUUAACCCGAUAACUAUGCAUAUGAAAUGCGCGAAACUUAACGAAAGAAAGAAGAAAACACACAAAAAAAACUAGAGAGGAGAAUUAAGAGAACUUGAUGGAAAACUAUUUAAUAGUGCUACCACACCCUAGAGAAAGAAAAAGGGAAGAGAGGAGCGGAGCGGAGCGGAGAGGAGAGUAGAAGCUGGCUGCAAAGUUUGUUGUUGGAGAUAGCAACCCCCCCACCCCAACCCCCAGAUAACACCCCAACCCCAACCCCAACCCAAACCCAAAACCUAGACCUAGACCUAACCCAAGAGAACUCAAACUUUUGUGAGCUGUUUAACUGUCGAUUUUUGCUAAUAAGUUAUAGCCGGGUAAUAUGUUAUAUAUGAUUAACGAUUAAACCAAUUGUUUACACGCAUAUAUAUACAACCAUAUAUAUAUAUAUAUAUAUAUAUCAACUAUAUAACCACUAUAUACAAAUAUCUAUAUAUACAUAUAUACUACUAAACGAAAGAAAAAGUAAAUGAAGUUAAAAGAAAAGUAAGCGAAACUAUAAACUACAAUUCAAAGGAAAUGUAAACUGUUAUUUAGGUUUAGACACAAACAAACAAAAAAAAA